GAACAAGAAAACAGCAUCAUUGGAGAUCUACUGUUUAGAGAAGAAUGGAUAUAAGAAGCUAAGAAAAUAGUGUAUGAGAUGUGGAUGAAAAGGGAAGACGGAGGAACUUGAACGAUUGAAAAUUGAAACAAGAUAAGGAAGCACCGUUGCAAAGGGUUACGCUUCCCGACCAACACCAGAACCAGACCAAAAGCUGAGCACGCCACAUCAGUUACUCAGCAAGGGAGGGAAAAGUUACUUGGCCGAGGCGGAGGCAUGCAUAGGACCCAUAACUAACCAUCAUGACUGAACAGCAGGAGCCCACAGUGCGCGAGAGGGUGGUGGAGCUGCUCAACACUGCAGCCUUCCAGCCCUCAGAAAAGGAGAAGAUAGCAACCUUGGCCAAAGUGCAAGAGCUCAUCAUCCACCUUGAUCCACAGCUCCUUGACUCCUUCUUUGAGGACGUUGCAGCAUUCCAGAAAGAUAGAAAUUCAGAUGUCCGAAAGUUUGUAGUUGGAUUCAUAGAGGAAGCAUGCAAGAAAGAUGUUGCCAUGCUGCCCCGGCUGGUGCCCAACAUGCAGCUGCUUGUGAUGGACGAGGCAGUGUCAGUGGUGAAGCGAGUGGUGCAGGCAGUCGUACAGCUGCACCGUGCUACCUUGGCCUGGCUAGCUGCUGCACGCACCACUACCCCAGAGAUGGAGCAAGUGUGGCUUAUCAUCACCACAAUGAAGAAUACAAUCCUCACCAUGAUUGACCAUGACAAUGAUGGAGUGCGGACACAGGCCAUCAAGUUCCUUGAAGCAUUGGUGCUGCUGCAGACCUACACAGAACCAGAUUCAAUAACACGAGAAGGGGAGUUCAAUCUGGAUCAUGUGCCACUCACACUCAAAGUUGCUCGGCCCAGAAAGCUUGAAGAGGAAGCAAGGAUGGUCCUGGGCAAACUGCUGGCUUUCCAGGGUUCUAUUCACAUUAGUUCAGUGAACCUGAUGACAUGCAUGUCCUCCCUGACCAUCAUUGCCCGUGCCCGCCCACAGUUUCUUGGCAAAGUGGUCAAUGCCCUGGAGAUCCUACAUGCCAACCUCCCACCUACCCUCACCAAAUCUCAAGUGAACAGUGUUAGGAAGCACCUGAAGAUUCAAAUGCUCAACUUGCUGAAACACCCAGCCUCUUAUGACUACCACUAUAACAUCACUACUGUCCUUAGUGACUUGGGCAUCUCUUCAUCAGAGGUUAACAAGGCCAUGCCAUCGAAGGAAUCCAUCAGGAAGAGAGUGCGGAGAGACAAGAUUGGAGAAGAAGUGGUGGAAACAGCUCCCAAAAAGCCCCGUGUUGAAAAAGAAGAGAAGAAGGGCAAGGUGGAGGAAACACCUCCUGCAAUUGUAGAGAAGACCUCAGCCCUUGACAUAACACAGCGAUGGUUGGUGGAGAAGCUGACUCCAGAAAAUGUAUCUAAUUUGGUUUUAGUUUCCAUGCUGAAUCUGCCAGAUGAAAUGCCAGCACUCUUCAGUGCUGGGUACAGCCCCAUCACAGCAGCUGGCACCCAAGCCCAAAUCCAGCAUGUGGCUCGCUUACUGUCCUCACAGCUCACUGCAGCAGGGGUGGGCCCUGGGGCAGAGCAAGUUAAGGAUGAUGAGAUGAAAGGUGGCUUUGACAGUGAUGAUGAGAGCAACAUCUCCCGGUUGGUUGGUGGCAGAGUGCUGCAGGAGGAGUCUGUGCAGAGUGGUCCAUUGUUGGUGCCUGCUGGACUGGCGACACGAGGGACAAGACAGAAAGCCAAGACUAUGAAACUGGAAGAAGUCACAAAACCAAUGAAUACUGCAGCAAAUGCAACGAUGCAACAGCUUCUGUUAAAGCGCCUCCUACGGUGUCACAAAACUCACUUGCUGGGGUCUGGUGCCAAAGAGUGUCUCCAAAUUCUAACAGUUCUGACUGGCUCCUUAUCACCUGUUGAAUGUGCAGAACUGGAGGACUUUUUGCUGGAAGACAUGACAAACAACUAUGACCUGCUCUUCUCGUGGCUAUAUUCUGAGUAUGCCACCAACCAUGACCUCUCGCAGGUCAACCGCUUCAUAGCCACUGCAGGAAAAAAGGAAAAAGAGAAACAGUAUGAUGACGUCCUGAGUAGUAUAGUGAUGAAAACUCUAGCCAAGGAAGCAAGCAAGGAAAGAGAUGAGUUUCUUUCCCGAUUAUUUCUGGAAGCACCACAUGUGCCUGAGGAACUCAUCACAUCAUUGCUCAGAUGUGGCAGUCAGGGUGUUGACUCCAUUCUGGUUGUGGCCAACACACUGAAGGAUAUAGCACAAUGGAGACCGCCAUCCUCCAGACCUGCCCUCGAGGUCCUGGCCUUAUUAGCUACCCAUGACCAAGAGACAGUGCGUGAGCAAGUGAUGCCUAUACUUGUUGAACUGUGUGAUCAGGAAAACUUCAGAGAAAUUGUGGCACAGUCUGCCACACAGUUCCUCAAAUACUUACUUUUGGAUGCACCUCCAGAAGCCCUUUGGUCCCAUAAUUUGGGUCGCCCUUUACAGCCUAUGGAGUGGACAGAGUCAUCUGUCAAAGCCUGCCUCUAUUUGUAUCUGGCCUUGCUGCCACUCAAUCAGUCCAUGAUCCAUGAUCUAGCACAGGUCUAUGUAAAGACAGUGAAUGAAGCCAAGCGGUCAAUCCUUCGCUUGUUGGAGGGCCCCAUCCGUCACAUGGGCAUGGAAUCCCCUCAGCUACUCAAGCUGGUGGAGACUUGUCCUAAGGGUGGAGAGACUCUCAUUACCCGUAUUAUUCACAUCCUUACAGAAAAAGCCCCUCCUAGUGAAGCUCUGGUGUGUCGUGUACGAGAACUCUACAACAGAAGAGUUUCAGAUGUGCGCUUCCUAAUUCCUGUUCUGACAGGGCUCAGCAAAAAGGAAGUGAUUGCAGUUUUGCCAAAGCUAAUCAAGUUAAACCCACAUGUUGUGAAAGAGGUAUUCAACAGAUUAUGGGGCGUGACGCUAGACACUGGAGCAUCCCCGCUUACUCCUGUUGACCUCCUGGUGGCACUUCAUCUCAUUGAUAGCGAUAAGUGUGAUGUGAAAACAGUAAUUAAAGCAACUGGACUUUGUUUUGGAGAAAGGAACAUUUACACAGCAGAAGUAUUGGCCUUUGUCCUGCAACAACUGAUGGAGCAACCCACCUUACCCACCCUCUUCAUGCGCACUGUCAUCCAAACCCUCACUCAUUAUCCCAAACUACUUGGCUUCAUAAUGAAUGUGCUCCAACGUCUAAUAUCUCGUCAAGUGUGGAAGCAGAGAAAGGUAUGGGAAGGGUUUAUCAAAUGCUGCCAGAGAGCAGGUGCCCAAAGCUUCACAGUACUGCUCCAGCUCCCUCCUCCUCAGCUCACCGAUGUGUUCUCCGUAGCUCCUGAUCUGCGUUCUAGACUCUUAUCCCACAUUGCAACACUUACAGAGAACCAGAGGGCACACAUUCCACCAAGUCUCAUGGAUGUCAUUGAAGGGAGAGUCUCCUCUGAACACCCACUUCCAGUCCCUCAUCCAAGUGAGGUUCCUCUUCCACCUGUUCCUGAGGCAUGAACGAGAAAACUGGCAAAUGGAUUGAGGUUCAUCCUUGAAGACAGACAGGCACAUGUAACUAGUUUAAUACAUAUUAUGACCAUCUAUGUGGGAGGAAGUUAAAAAUCAUAAUUAAAUAUCCCACUUAUGUAUGCUCUAGUUCUUAGCAUAAGGAAAGUCUAUCAUACAAAAUCUUACACUUGAAAUAUUAAAAAUCCAUUUGAAAAUAAAUGGUCAGAACAGAUGAUUCCUGUCAUUGAUAGAUAAGAGACCUACCAUGAGCACUUUAAUUGCUUGUAUUUUAACUUUUAAUAGCUUAAAUAGACGAUUAUAAUUUUGAUACAAAAA